AUACCACGCGCUGGUUCAAAAUACAAAGGUGUUCCGAUGAUCAAGCAAUAGUAGGAAAAUUAACACAAGCACAAAAUACACGGAAGAAAUUUAUGAUUUUUUAUUUCAGUGUUUGAAGGAAAUUAAAUGUCUGGAAUUUUCUUCCCAAGAAUCUGGGUGCGAAGGGCGUAGACUAUUGUAUUUCAGAGUAAAAAAAAUGCACGAGCCGUGAUGACACCAUAUAGGAUGUGUACCUGGGAUACUCAAACCGUUCAUUAAUGAUGGCCCCGCCAAGAUGUGUUUCGUUUUUUCCUUGGAUGAUAUGUGUUUUAAUCUCGUUAAUAGAACAUCCUGUGCAUGUAGUUGGUUAUUCAACAUGUUACAAUGAGGCAGAGCAAGCCUUCAUUCCAGCUGCUUUGAUGUGUUACAACAACCAUGUUGUUGGGCCUCGUGUGGUGUUGGAUGUAUUCAGAGCCAAGGACUCCAGCACAACAGACUGUGUCUGUACUGUGACCAGUGACACACCCACUAAGUUUAACUUCUCUAAUUAUAAUAACUACCAUCCGGGAGUUGGUUGUGGUAGUGCACUUAUAUUUUCGGUAAAUGGUGAAUCUAAUGCAGAACAAUGUUUCGUGGAUGACAUGCAAUUGCCUUCUUCAAAUCUUACGGAUACCUCAGUUGACAUCAGCAUCACUGGUCCAAAGUCAGCCAUAAGUACGGACUACUGUGUACUGAUUGAGUCAGAUGUUGCGCUGAACAUUUCUUGUACAGGCGACUCGUUGUCUUCUUUAAUGACGACGGAAUCUGUAUCAACAACUGAAACAACCACAACACCUACUAAAGAAGCAACCACACAACAAACAACUAGUCAGACAUCACCGUCCACCACGGAUAAACUAGAUACCACAACAUCUAUCACUGUCACAACGUCAUCACAGAGUAUAUCGUCAUCGACAAACCAUCCAAUCGCUACCACAGAAGAAAAAGACAACUCUUCCACUCCAUCCUUAUUGAAUUCCUCUACAACAAGUAGCCAAACGAUAGAUACAACAGAGACGUCAACGGUAAUCGCCACAUUAGAAACCACCUCUGUUGUUCCAAACACCACAGAGAAUGUAAGUACAAGUACUAAUCUCCUCAGCAGUACUGAAAGUCCACAGACAACCACUCAAAUGUCCUCUACCAGUGUCAUUCAACAUACUACAACAAUUACGACAACAAACUCCUCCACAGAAAGUGGUGUACAAGACACCACAACAAUUGAGCCGCCACUGUCGUCCACAGAAAGUGGUACAGAAGAUAUCACAACCACUGACACGUCAAAGUCCUCCACAGCGAGUGGUGAACAACAAACAACCACUAAUGCAACAACACUGCCUGCAACUACCAAUAACAUUCAGAUGACUUCUAUAAUUGUAUCAACUGAGUCCUCUACUAUCAAUGUUGCACAACAAACAACGGUGUCUACAGCUUCACCACCAAUGUCAACUCAUGGGGUCACCGAGUCCACAAGCACUAGCUCGGUUACGCAGAAAGCAACAACAGUAAUUCCAGUUGCAAAGACCACCUUUAGACAAGCAACUGCAGAAGUUCCAUGGAAUGGGAUUAUUCCAGCCGUCUUAAUAGGAGUGGUACUUCUCGCAGCAUUAAUAAUUGUAUUUAUCAAAUGGCAGAGGAGUCGCGAAAUCAAGUACCCGCCUGAUAGUUCUUACAGUGACAGCGUGGAUUCUUCCAAUAAAUAUCCACAAAUGGGAGAAACUAACUUUGGAUAUGAUGCAUAUGAAGAUGAUUCAGGCAUUGUGACAGAGUUUUCGAAAAGUCCCGAGGAACUUGAAAUAGAGUAUGAAGACGAAGGGCUUGAUCCGAAGAACUUGACGAAAGGCACAUUUAUACGAUACAGUGUCAAAGAUUACAGCAGAAAUAUUGAUAGUGUUAAUCAUAACGGUGUCAGAAGACAAGCGCCAAAUGGCAUGGAUGUGUAUUUUUAGCACUUCAUUGAACAGCUUUAAAAUAUAAGAAAACCCGUAAGUCAGUGAGUGGGUUAUCGAGUUCAUGGUAUGGUAAUGAUUAAUUAUCAUUGGUGUGGAAGAAACGUAUAAGGAAGUUAAUUUUGGAAACCGGAUAUUAUAUAAAUCGGUGUGAUCAAAUAUACAUGUAGUAGCCUUGUGACUGUUUGUGGAUUGUGUUGUGAUUUCUGAACUAUAGAAAUAUAUUUUAACCCGCUGUAUAUUAUAUGCUUAAAUAUUGAUAUUGGAGCUUUAAAUACAUGAUAAAGACUCAUACAUCUAUUUCGCAUUUACAAUUGCAUUUAAAGUCUAUUUAUAAUGCAUGCAUUGCUAUCAAAUGCAAAAUAAAUAAAAAAAAAAUGAAUGCAAAAUGCAUCGACUCAAUAUCGAAAUAACACAAUGUACACACACAUUUACAUUACAGUUUCUUUGUUUAGAUUAUAUGCCAAAUCUAUGCAGCAAUGUUUAUAUUUUUGUAAUCAAAUUAAAUUUUUAUUAUUAAACUGUAUCGAAUGUC